AUGCAUCCCUCUCAGCGGAGAGCGGCCGCUGCCACCUCCAACCCUGCCAUGCUCCUGCUCCUCCUGUGCCUGGGCUGGGCGCCGCCGGGCUGGGGCUGGCUGCGGGGCAGCUCCCGGGGGGCGGCCGGGCUGCCCCCCAACGCCACCACGCCGAUCUCCAUCAUGGGCUUGAUGCCGCUCAGCCAGUCUGAGGAGGACCAGAAGAGCAAGAUCGGCCGGGGCGUGCUGCCCGCCGUGCAGCUGGCCAUGGAUCAGAUUCGCAACGAGUCCCUGCUCAACCCCUAUUUCCUGGACCUGCGUCUCUACGACACGGAGUGUGACAAUGCAAAAGGACUCAAAGCCUUCUAUGAUGCAAUAAAAUAUGGACCUAAUCAUCUGAUGGUUUUUGGUGGUGUAUGUGCAACAGUUACUUCUAUCAUUGCUGAAUCUCUAAAGGGAUGGAAUUUGGUUCAGCUUUCAUUUGCAGCAACAACCCCAGAAUUGGCUGAUAAGAAAAAAUAUCCUUAUUUCUUCCGGACAGUGCCAUCUGAUAAUGCAGUGAAUCCAGCAAUUUUGAAGUUACUCAAACACUACAAGUGGAAGAGAGUAGGAACUUUAACCCAGGAUGUACAAAGGUUCUCUGAGGUGAGGAAUGAUCUGACUGGUGUCCUUUAUGGUGAAGACAUUGAGAUUUCAGAUACUGAGAGUUUCUCCAAUGAUCCUUGCACAAGUGUAAAGAAGCUGAAGGGUAACGACGUUCGAAUAAUCCUUGGCCAGUUUGAUGAGGAAAUGGCUGUCAAAGUUUUCUGCUGUGCUUAUGAUGAAGAAAUGUAUGGCAGCAAAUAUCAGUGGAUUAUUCCAGGGUGGUAUGAAAAUCUUUGGUGGGAAUCCUGGAUUAAUUCCUCACAGUGUCUCAGCAAAAAUCUUCUUACAGCCAUGGAGGGUUAUAUUGGAGUGGAUUUUGAGCCUCUCAGUUCAAAAAAGACAAAGACCAUCUCAGGAAGGACUCCACAGCAAUAUGAAAAGGAAUACAAUGACAAGCGAGGUGAUGGGCAAUCCAGCAAAUUUCACGGUUAUGCUUAUGAUGGAAUAUGGGUGAUUGCCAAGACUCUGCAGCGGGCAAUGAAGUAUUUGAAUUCCACCAACAAGCACCAAAAAAUUGAAGAUUUUAACUACACGAAUCACAAACUGGGCAAAAUUUUUCUGGAUGCUAUGAAUGAAACCAACUUCGUUGGAGUAACGGGUCAAGUUGUUUUCAGAAAUGGAGAGAGGAUGGGAACCAUCAAAUUCACGCAAUUCCAAGAAAGAAAGGAAGUGAAGGUGGGAGAGUACAAUGCUGUGGCUGAUGAACUGGAAAUUAUGAACAACAGCAUUAGGUUCCAAGGACUUGAACCUCCAAAGGACAAAACAAUUAUACAAGAGGAGCUACGCAAGAUCUCUCUGCCACUCUACAGCAUCCUCUCUGCCCUCACCAUCCUAGGAAUGAUUAUGGCCAGUGCUUUCUUGUUCUUUAACAUCAAAAACAGAAAUCAGAAACUAAUAAAGAUGUCCAGUCCGUAUAUGAACAAUCUUAUUAUCCUUGGAGGGAUGCUUUCUUACGCAUCAAUUUUUCUUUUUGGUCUUGAUGGAUCCUUUGUCUCCGAAAAGACCUUUGAGACACUUUGCACAGUCCGAACAUGGAUUCUUACAGUGGGAUACACAACUGCAUUUGGAGCAAUGUUUGCGAAAACGUGGAGAGUUCAUGCAAUUUUCAAAAAUGUGAAAAUGAAGAAAAAGAUCAUUAAAGACCAGAAGCUACUGGUGAUAGUUGGAGGGAUGCUACUGAUUGAUCUUUGUAUCCUGAUUUGCUGGCAGGUUGUGGAUCCUUUGAGAAGGACAGUGGAAAAGUAUAACAUGGAGCCAGACCCUGCAGGCAGAGAUAUCUCCAUCCGACCAAUCUUGGAGCACUGCGAAAACACCCACAUGACAAUUUGGCUUGGGAUUGUGUACGCUUAUAAAGGGCUGCUGAUGUUAUUUGGAUGUUUCCUCGCCUGGGAGACACGAAAUGUCAGCAUUCCUGCUUUGAAUGACAGCAAGUACAUUGGAAUGAGUGUAUACAACGUGGGGAUAAUGUGCAUUAUUGGUGCUGCUGUUUCCUUUCUUACUCGGGACCAACCCAAUGUGCAGUUCUGCAUCGUUGCUUUAGUCAUAAUAUUCUGCAGCACCAUUACACUAUGCCUUGUGUUUGUACCUAAGCUCAUCACAUUGAGGACAAAUCCAGAUGCAGCCACACAGAACAGACGAUUUCAGUUCACUCAAAAUCAAAAGAAAGAAGAUUCAAAAACAUCAACAUCAGUCACCAGCGUCAAUCAGACCAGCACAUCUCGACUAGAAGGACUGCAGUCAGAGAACCACCGCUUGAGAAUGAAAAUUACAGAGCUGGACAAGGACUUGGAAGAAGUCACAAUGCAGCUUCAGGACACUCCAGAGAAAACAACAUACAUUAAGCAGAACCACUAUCAGGAUCUUAAUGACAUUCUUAGUAUACGGAACUUUACAGAUGGCAAAGAUGGUGAGAAAGCCAUUUUGAAAAAUCAUCUUGAUCAAAAUCCACCAGCACAAUGGGGCUCAUCAGACCCUUCCAAAACAAGCAAAGAUCCUAUAGAAGACAUCAACUCUCCAGAACACAUACAGCGUCGGCUGUCUUUGCAGCUGCCCAUUCUCCAUCAUGCCUACCUGCCAUCCAUAGGAGGAGUCGAUGCUAGCUGUGCCAGUCCCUGCGUAAGCCCCAGCGCCAGUCCUCGGCACAGACACGUGCCACCUUCCUUCCGAGUCAUGGUUUCGGGGCUGUAG